AUGCCACAGCACGAUCCCGAGUCCGUCACAUGGCCCACGCUCGAUGACUACAAUAUCCCCUCAUUACCACCACCUUCUAGGUCACACGUUCGCUCACGCUCGGCAAUCGAUAUACCUCUUCUACUGCCCAGACGAGACUCGCCAUCUCCGACGCGUUCCAGCACAUAUCUGCCCUUCGUGACUUCUUCACGAUCCCCCUCUCCAAAACGACAAACCCAAGAAGUCGUGCUAGACGAUACCACUGCACAGCAGACCAGAACGAGGACAAAAACCAAGGUUGGAAAUUUAGCUACAUGGUUCGAAGGGUCUUCUGAUCCUGUCAACAUCGGUCUCGUCGCCGCCGAACAACCUGUCUCAAGUAGUCUGAUGCAGACACCUUUCGCAGAGAGUCGAGAAUCGCUUCACUCGACACAUAUCCAACCACAGAGACCAGCAAUGCAGUCGGCCAGUAGCUCAACCUCGCGGUUCGGCUUCUUCACUCGGAAACCUCCCGAGGCACAGUCUAAAGCUGAUCACGAGGCACUAGCCGCCGCAAGCAUUGCCUCGACCCUGUUCCCAGAUGGCACACCGGAUGAGUUUUCACAGGUCGCGUUCAAGAAAUUGCAACAAAAUGCCGAGAACGCGUUACGAAUCCUGCAAGCCGCCCACACAGAACAAGUAGCAGCAUUACGAAAGGUCACGUCUGAAAGGAACAUUCAGGCAGAUGAGCUCGAAGCUUCUGUGACACGAAACGAGCAUCUCAAAGCACAACUCUUAGAACUGGCAGAAAGGUCAGCGCAACAAGACAAGCUGAUAUCAUCACUACAAACAGAGAACGAACAACUCAAAGCGAACGAGACCGCCCUGCGCAGUAUCAGGGUCAUUACAGAUUACACGUCGCCAGACAGCCAGGAACCUAAGCUGCAGAACAGGUCAUCGCGUAUCUCGUCCGCUGAGUCGACCAACAGCGCCAGCACAGACAUGAGCGGGACAAAUGCUUCCAUCUUCUCAAACGACGACGUCCUGAACGAACGCUCACCAGGAACCUCUGUUGGUUGUCCAUCUCCAUCGCCUACUCUCAGACGCGGCCGUUGUCGUGUUACCACUCCCAGUGUCAGCAUUUCCCAGGUCGAGCACUUAAAAUCACUGACUACAAAUGUUGAGACAGUUGUUGGCAACGUCCCUGCCCAGAUACAACCAUGUCGAAUCUGCCACGGGGUCGAUCCACACGAGGCUUGGAAUGUACUUGGUGUGAUGAGAGCAGAGAAUGCUGGACUCAAGGACAGGAUUAUGGAAUUAGAAAACGGCCAGGAUGCCGUCAUGGGUUUGCUGGACUGGCGCCCUGUUGAGCUGCAGGCGUUGAAUAGGAGAGUCGAGCGAAUCAUGAGCAAAAGCGACGAUGACGAGGUAGACAGUGACAUGAUGAGAGGAACAUGA